GAUUUUGGACCUAAACGGUGGGACUCCCCCGUUAACAUACAAGAGGUUCCUUCAUGUUCUGUCUCUGCUCGGUGACCCCGAGGUGCCUGUCCGAAACGUUACAGCUGAAGACUUCCAGAGAUGUAGGCCCCCUGACCCAAGCCUGGCUGAGCGUUACAGGGUGCCUCUCCCCGUGGAUUUGAAGAUCCCCUUGGAGAGCCUUUCUCCCUGGAGAGGAGGGGAGACCGAAGGGCUACAGCGUCUGGAGCAACACUUGACUGACCAGGGCUGGGUGGCAAAUUUUACUAAACCGAGAACAAUCCCAAAUUCGCUGCUUCCAAGCACCACAGGCCUGAGCCCAUAUUUCAGUAUGGGCUGUCUGUCAGUUCGCACCUUUUUUUAUAGAUUGUCAAACAUUUAUGCUCAGGCCAAGCAUCACUCUCUGCCCCCUGUGUCACUCCAAGGGCAGCUUCUAUGGAGGGAAUUCUUCUAUACGGUGGCAUCUGCAACACCAAACUUCACCAAAAUGGCUGGGAACCCCAUCUGCCUUCAGAUCAGUUGGUAUGAGGAUGCAGAGAAGCUCCACAAAUGGAAAACGGCACAGACAGGGUUCCCGUGGAUCGAUGCGAUUAUGACCCAGCUGCGCCAGGAAGGCUGGAUCCAUCACCUUGCUCGGCACGCUGUCGCCUGCUUCCUGACGCGAGGGGACCUUUGGAUCAGCUGGGAAGAGGGCAUGAAGGUGUUUGAAGAGCUACUUUUAGAUGCUGACUACAGCAUCAAUGCAGGGAACUGGAUGUGGCUGUCGGCCAGCGCGUUCUUCCACCGGUACACGCGGAUCUUCUGCCCCGUCCUCUUUGGGAAGCGCACGGACCCCGAGGGGCAGUACAUCCGGAAAUACUUGCCUAUACUAAAGAACUUCCCCUCCAAGUACAUCUACGAGCCCUGGACAGCAUCUGAAGAGGCGCAGAAGCAAGCGGGGUGUAUCAUAGGUCAAGAUUACCCCUUCCCAAUGGUGAAUCACAAGGAAGCCAGCGAUCACAACCUGCAGCUGAUGAAACAGGUCAGAGAGGAACAGUACAGAACAGCCCAGCUCACGAGAGAUGAUACAGAUGACCCAAUGGAAAUGAAGGUAAAACGUGACCACUCUGAAGAAAACAUUUCAAAAGGAAAAGUGGUCAGGAUGACAGAAAAAAAUGAGAUCCCACCAGAGAUUACAUCUUGGGAACCAAAAGAUGGCAAAAGGGGAGAGCCAGAGGCCAGCUGA